AUGCUCUCUUUCCUUUUCGCCAUCCAGCAGAUCAACCAGGAUUCCCAUCUCUUGCCCAACAUCACCCUGGGUUACAAUAUCUAUGAAAAUUAUUUCCAUGCAGGAAAGACUUCAGGUGCUCUGCUGGACCUGCUUUCAGAUGGGGAGGCCGAUGUCCCCAACUACAGGUGUGGAAGGCUGAGAAACACAGUGGUGGUUCUCGAAGGGGCCAAGACUGACAUCUCCAUCCAGAUUUCGACCAUGUUGGGCACCUACAAAAUCCCUCAGCUUCAUUCCUUUCUUCAAAACUCUCAGUUUUACAAUAAUUCUAUAAAUGGAGUAUAUUUGGAUGAGAAGGGAGACCCAUCAGCAGACCUGGAUGUUGUGAAGUGGGAGGCUGUCAGUGAUAUGCAUCUUAGCAGAGUGAGGUUCGGGCAUCUAGAAAGACAGGGAUCCCUGGAUUUCAAGUUUAUGAUCAACCAGAAAGCUGUUGAAGAUAUGGAAGAACGGAACAAGCCCCUGCCUCCUUCCAGGUGUGUGGAAAGCUGUCGUCCCGGAUUCCUGAAGGAGGCUCAGGAAGGGAGGCCCAUCUGCUGCUACGACUGUCUUCCUUGUGCAGAAGGAACCAUCUCCACCCAGGCAGAUGCAGAAAAAUGCACCAAAUGUCCAGAGGAUCAGCAUCCAAACAUCCAGCGAGAUCACUGCAUCCCCAAGAUUAAAACAUUCCUAUCCUAUCAAGAAAAUCUGGGGAUCACUCUGGCUUCCCUUGCCUUGUUCUUCUCUUUAAUUAUAGGCAUAAUUUUGGGAAUCUUCAUUAAAUUCCAAGAAACUCCAAUUGUCAAAGCCAAUAAUCGGGAUCUCUCCUACGUCCUCCUUGUCUCCCUCCUGCUUUCCUUCUUGACCUCUUUCCUGUUCAUUGGUCGGCCAAGGAGAGCCACCUGCCUUCUCCAACAAGUAGCAUUCAGCACUGUUUUCUCACUCGCUGUCUCUUCUGUCUUGGCCAAAACUGUCACAGUGGUGUUAGCCUUUUUGGCCACAAAACCAGGGAAUAAAGUGCAGAGAUGGCUGGGGAAGAGCCUGGCCAACUCCAUCAUCCUUUCUUGUUCUGGUCUCCAAGUUGUCCUCUGCAGCAUCUGGUUGGGCACUUCUCCCCCAUUCCCUGAUUCUGACCUGCACUCACAACCUGGAGAGAUUGUUCUGCAAUGCAAUGAAGGUUCUGUCACCAUGUUUUAUGGAGCCCUGGGUUACAUGGGCUUCCUGGCCACCAUCUGCUUCACGGUGGCUUUUCUGGCCAGGAGCCUCCCUGGGGCCUUCAAUGAAGCCAAGCUGAUCACCUUCAGUAUGUUGGUCUUUUGCAGUGUCUGGGUCUCCUUUGUGCCCACUUACUUGAGCACCAAGGGGAAGUACAUGAUAGCUGUGCAGGUCUUCUCCAUCUUGGCCUCCAGUGCUGGCCUGCUGGGCUGCAUCUUCAUCCCCAAGUGCUUCAUCAUUCUGUUAAGGCCAGAUCUCAAUACAAAAGAAUAUUUGAUGUCAAAAUAACAGAAAAGUGGGUUUGGGGUGA